AUGCAAAAGCCGUUGUCCGCCGACAAAGACAUAGCGCUCAACGACCACGUGGUUAUUGAAUGGGGAAGUGUUACGGCAUGUACUGUUGUGCUGAAAUUUUCACACAAUACGAGCGUAUCAUUUGAAGUGAUUGAACACAUUUUGCCGACAUUUACUAUCAAAAUAAAUCCGCUGCAGAAAUACAUACUACAAAGUUUGGAUGACAUCAGCGGUUCAGUUGCCGUAAACUAUACGUACGGAAAAGCGGUCACCGGAACCGUUGGGUUUAAGUAUGGCGUCAAAGAUCCCAAAGACAAUCGCAGUCAUUAUUUUGGCAGCACUUCAGCCAAACAAUUGCGCAAUGGUUUCGCUGAAUACACUUUGAGUACUAAUAAAUUACGUCAAACACCGUUUGCGUGGUUCCCGACAGUUGUCGGCUAUAGACUGGUGGUUGAGGUCAGUGUUCACGAGACGGUCACCGGACGUAAGGAACGGACCAUCGAUGACAGUGUGGUGUUUGUCACCACUCCUUAUGUCAUAUCAUUUAAGGACACGUUUACAGACUUUAAGCCAAAUGCACAAAUUAAUAACGUGUUGGGAGAAGUUGUACCCAAUUUACCGGUUUGCACGACAGUAUCGGUGGGUGACAUUUACCAUAGUCAAAUUGUGGUCAACGGCGGCACUAUAUCUAAUGUAUUGCAUUUAGUGGUCUUAAAUCGGGGUAAUAUUAUUCACACGCAAAUGAUUACCGAUAAUAAGCUGCGGAUAGAGAUUACACGGGAGAUGACACCUUAUAUACGAGUUAUGGUCUUAGGCUUUGCAAACGAUGGCAAACAACUGGUUUCAGAUUCACUUAAAAUAUAUGUCAACGAAGAGAAGUGCGCUUUUGAUGUCCGGUUUGAUAACGAUAUGGUGGACGCGAAACCGGGACAGCAGUUAAAUUUGCUGAUAUCUGGAUCUAUUGGUAAUAGUAUAGGAUUGUUAGCCAUCGAUGAAGCCGUUUAUCAUCUCAGAGACAAAGACAAACUGACGAGAAGUAAACUGUAUAACGAAUUGUCAAAAUCAGAUACGGGUUGCGGUCCGGGAACGGGUCUGAAUGUGCUGCUCGUGGCCAACAAUAUGGGCGUUAAGAUAAUUAAUGGUGCGAUAAAUGACUCGAAUGCUAAUUGGGAUGAGUUCUGUGUCCGACGGCGAAGACAACGGACCAGACGUGCGAUACGAGGAGGCCGUGAGGGACAGGGGGUCAGCAGUCAUAUAUCGGCCAUUAUUUCGGAGCUCAAUAACAAUAAUGAAAUGUGCUGUGAGUUGGGAAAGGAGGAAGGAAGUGUACAGGCAAAAAACGAUGUUUUCGAUGACGACAACACUGACGAUGACUUUGUUCACGUGGCGUACGAACAGGAAUGGGAGGACAGGGCGUUGAUUAGGUCAGACUUUAGGCAAACCUGGCUGUUUGACAUCGUUGUUAUUAAUCAAACCACAACAGUACAUGCCGUAACACUUCCCCAUUCAAUAACCACGUGGUCGUUGAGCGCUAUGUCUUUGUCGGCGGACAACGGCUUUUGCAUUCAGCCAUUGCCUGUAAAGUUGCGCUCAUUUCAAGACAUAUUCCUCGACAUAUCAAUGCCUCCAUCGGUGGUACAGAACGAACACUUGGAGGCCAUUGUCUCUGUGUUUAACCACAGUCCCAAACGAGUGUCGGUAACGGUUUAUACCUAUCGGGUGGACGGCAUCUGCUCGGAGGCCGAGACCGAUGAAGACCGGCCUAAACGGCAGAUACGAGUGGACAGUAACUCAUUAAAGACUGUGUCCUAUCCGAUGGUUGCCAUCAGGAGUGGAGUAUUUGCUGUCAAAUUUGUGGCCGUUUGGUCGGCCGGUGGCGCCGAUGUGGUGGUCAAGGUGUUGAGAGUCCGGCCGCCGGGCGUUGAAAUUAGGGAAGAGUUGUCCGUCCGGUUAGACCCGCGGAAUAGACAACGAAGAGUCGGCAGACAAGUGAUAACCGAUCGCAUCAAUGAUGAGAUCUUACAAACUAUAUCAUUGCAGAAGACUAUUAUGGACAUCACUCCGGACCCCAUCCGGCCUAUAGUUCCCGGCACUCAACAGUGUAUUAUCACUGGUUUGGCACAUGUGUACGGAGGCCUUGUGCCUGAUCUACCCACUCCUGGUUUUCAUCGACAACACAAUGGUAUUGAGACAAUGUUACGUAUUGCACACACACUGUUUACUAUGAAGUACCUGAAGUCAAUUGAUCGCCUGAACGCCAAACAGGCUUACGAUGGACUCCGAUAUCUUAAGAUUAUGUACAAAAAGUUGCUAUCGUUCCGGAAAACGGACGGUUCGUUUAGCCCCUAUACCUCCCCCUCAAUUACCCGACCCUCGUCUGUCUACUUAACAGCAUCGGUGGCCAAAGUGUUGUGUCAAGCGAACCGUUUUGUCAAUAAUAAUCAAUUUGAUUCACAAGUGAUAAGACAUGGCAUUCAAUGGCUGAUGGAUAGACAGGACAGGGAUGGCUCGUGGACUGAGACACAAUUAUUGAAUACACAUGGGUUAGGUGACGAGCGCAGGGAUACCGUCCCAUUAACUGCUAGCGUAUUAAUCGCUAUACAAAAAUGUAUCUACAAUUUUGGUGAUGAUAACAACUUUACCGCUUCUGCGGAAACAUUUUUAAUGAACACAAACAAAGCGAUAAUCACACCAAACAUUACAUACUUAGAAGCCAUAGUCGCCUAUAGUCUGAGGCUGAGAGGGCACCGCCCAGAGAAAGCCCCUGUAGUAGAGAUUAAUGAUCACUCGUCCGCCACCACCGCCGCCGUCGCCUAUACUUUAAUGACUUUAUCAACAAUGGAUAAGAUUGACGAACACUCGUGGGCUAAUUGGCUGAAUGCCGGCCGAAACACGUCGGCCAUCGCACCGGUCACUGAAGAUACGGUGACCGCACUCGAGGCCCUGUCUGUCUAUAAUGAGCGCACUUAUAGGGGACAGGAGGACAGACGUGUGUCACUUGUCUGUAACAUUACCACCGAUAGCGGCGGUGAUAAGAGACUGGCGUUUAAUGAUAAUAACGCACCCGUAUUACAAACAUUACUUUUGGACGCCACAGAUGUGUCUCGAGUGAUUGCGAUGACUACUGGCGUUGGAAUGGCCAGACUGUCCGUCACAAUGAAGUACAAUGUGUUUGAGUCGCCGGACGAACCUCUCUGUAGGUUUGAUGUGAGUGUUUCGGCCGACGAAUGGACGGCACAGUCGGUCACAGCGACUGAAGACUCGGAUUAUUUGGAUGUGUGGACCGGCGGACAGUGGGUCACCAAAUCGACGGUUAAAAUCGCCGACACAAACAAUUAUACUUUUAAACGGAUUAAUAAUCUCAGUCCCGAACCCAUUGAGACCACUGAUAGCCACAGAAGUAAAUUGGUUUUGUUGGUCAAACUGUGUGUUCAACACAUGCCCGCCAGUAAUGCUGGUCUCACUGUUAUCGAUGUCGGUGUUUUCACCGGUUUCACACCCAAUGGCCACGACUUGCGAGAGAUUGUCUCAAUGAACCACUCGUUGGUCACCGCGUAUGAGAUGUCCGACAGAAAUGUCGUGUUUUAUAUGCGAUACGUGCCGUUCAUUCAACCUUAUUGUCUACAAUUCCGGUCAGUGCAAGUACAUUACGUGACAAAUACUCAAGCAGCAUUGGUUAAAGUAUACGAGUAUAACAAUCAAGGCGACUCCUGUACCCAACUGUUUACACCGGCUGGACGUCGGAGCGAUGGGAUCGAUACGGUGUGUGACAACAGUACCCAACUGUGCGAUUGUGUUCAGCGGUCUAACUGUCCGUCGGCUAAGCGUUUAGUGGAAAUGGGUUUAAUAGCGGAGAUGAGGGUCGAGAGGGCCCGACAAUUGUUUGAUGAAAUGGUCUGUUCGCCCAAAUUCUCCCGAGUCUUCACCGCCACUAUUAGCGGACAUAAUGUCACCAAAAGUGGUCUCAAGUUAUUGUCCGUUAGAGUUAAACAUGUAUUGAAAAGCACUCUUCAGAGACACCAAAGACUUGUGCUGAAUGUAAACGACGAGUGCUCUCACGUGACCGCCGAUGACGGCAACGAAAUGAUAGUUUUCGGUCACUUUAGUGGACAGACAACUCAUUUGGACAGCACUUGUAUAGUGUAUGAUAUGAGCGGACGUUUUUUUACAGACAAUCCGUACAACGAUAUGGAGGUAAACAGGGGUCAGUUCCCGGAGCCGGACCCGCAAUCGGGCCGCAAAGUGUUGCGCAAAGUGAUUGUCAGACGAGACUAUGACCCCUCGGGUCAGGCGCUGGUGUGGACCAGUAGCACAACACAGUUUAAUCAACCACUCCACGGUAUGCCCCAACCUGAUCCAGAUUGGUACAUAACCUAUAUGCACAGUAAGCCAAUGGUAGUAAUGGUUACCGCACUGUACUGUAUGGUCAAUGAGGGCGUCCUUCUCGGAGGCAUAUACGCCGAUUGCGAGCGGCAAUGGAAGGCCCGGGAGGCCGACCGCCAGUGGGGGACUUUGGUGUUCACGUCGUACGCCAAGAGCCUUCACGUGACCGAAUGGUUUGGCGGCAGUACCGGCGGAAACCCGGACACCGACUACUGGUUACCAAUGGCCAGUGUGGGCCAAAUAUAUCCCACCCCCUCGUACCUGAAGAAAUGUACGUUUAAAAAGAAAUAUUUUGUGAGCGAAGGCCAUCUCUGUGUUGGCCUUCAUUUCCAGGAAACGAGGGCAACCCCUGCGACCCCUCAGCGGCGCGGCCGUCGGUGGCACGUGAGGGGAGCACUCGACCCAAUGCCACAACACGUUACCGAUGCCGAAUCGUACCGACUCGUGAUGGACAAUAAGCUGCACAGCUUAGGCAACGUAUGGGAUAUAUUGGACUUUGAACUCAUGGCUACCAAACAAUCGAAAUCACCGCUGCCAACCCCUAAGGCGGCCAAAUAUUUUGCGUUAUACGUGUGCGCCGGCGCCCGACUACUGGUCAGCGAUCCCCACAAUUACGGGACGCACCACAACCGCAGUCUCGUACAACAGGGCGGUGUAGUGGUGGUGGAGUUCGAGCUAAAGUGGGGGCCGCCCGAUGCAGUUGUAGGGGGUACUCAUGAUUUUAAGGCGUUGACCACCGAAGAAGCUCUUGACUGCGAUUUUCUGGUGCCUAAAGGCGGGGCAACAAAAGCCAGCCUCAAGACAAUCACACAUCCGGUGGUAUUUCUGGGGCCCACGGAAUCCAAGUUUGAGACCCACUGCUGGGGUCUAACCAUUGCCUUUGAUUCGAUCGAUGGCGAAAUCCGAGCGGUUCUGUCGGCGCCUCAAAACGGUGUCGUGACUGCCAUCAGGAAGUGGAAGGAAGGUAUGGACGAAGUGCAGGCCCGGCACCGGUACGAGCAGUUGUACGCCGGGGUCGUCACCGACAAGCAGUAUCAUCAGAAUGACUGCUGUUCCAGCUCGUUCUCCGCCCCACUCGACCCCAUGUUGAAGACUAUAAUAAAUUCCAACGAUUGGUUGGCAAUCGAUUACAACGCGCCCGGCAUUUACCUGACCGGCCGCCAGCAUCGACCUCCACCACCACUUGCCCACCACUACAGGCCCAGAAUGUGUAAAGUCCCCGGGAAACCAGUUCUGCCCCCACCGGUGCUCCCACUCAGAGGCGCAGGCUUUCAAAUACAACCCAUUCCCCAAUUUAUGCCCACAACCGCUGCUCCCGAAAAGAAUUGGCGCCGAAUGGGCGCCGAUUGGUAUCUCAAAAGCAGUGGGUCUGCUGUUGUAGAGAAGUAUCAAAAGUACGAGUAUUGCGAACUUGUUAUUUAUCCAAAAGAGUAUGAAAUGCAAAAGUGUGACUACACUGACAGUCCCGUCAUCAACGGUCAGAGCACUCAAGUGGGUAUCGAUGGCUGGAUCUACAAGAAGAAAGAGCCAAAUGCCGGAUAUGUGGGUACUUUUGUGUAUCCCUUAUACAAGUGCAACAACACUAAUGACUUGUACGACGAUUCGGGCAAUAAGUUC